AUGUACAGCAGAAUCUCUCAUCUUUUAUUUAUCAGUAUUUUAUCAUUUUUCGUUAUAUGCGAAAAAGCCAACGAAGCAGUGGUGGUAGAACAGAAAGAGGACAGAAACGAGAGAGAAUUGGCAAAACAUUUACUCAGUGAUUAUUACCAGUAUACACGACCGGUCCGCAAUUAUUCCAGUGUGCUCAAUGUGACAGUGCAGCCACAAAUUUACAACUUGGUGGAGGUGAACGAACAAAACGAGCAAAUCAAAAUAUUGCUCUGGUUCCCUCAAAGUUGGAAAGACGACUAUUUGACUUGGGAUCCAAAAGAUUGGAAUGGAAUUGAACGAAUUAAAUUCCAAAGUCCCAAAUAUGGAUUCCGGAUGGAUAUAUUUUCAAUACUGGAGGAAACAGAACCUCUGGAGAAUCAUAAUGCGAGAGUUAGAUAUGAUGGACGAGUGGAGGUGGAUUUUAAUAAGCUUGUUGACUUAACCUGUCCUAUGUCGGUUUUGUCUUUUCCAUUCGAUGUGCAGCUAUGUGCUUUACAAUUCGGCUCUUGGUCCUAUCAAGCUCAUGCUAUCAGUUUCAAUGUGCUUGACACUUUUGUACCCAAGAAAAGCAAGAAUUCGGAAUGGGAUAUCGUCUCGUUUAACGCUACAAAAAUGACAACAAAAUAUGGAGACACGCUCGGUGGAUUCAAUGUCUACGAGGAGAUUUUUUAUUAUCUAGAACUCCGUCGAAAGCCCCUUUACUAUAUAGUGGUCAUUCUUCUGCCAUCAUUUUUGAUUGUUACUGUGUCUAAUGUGGGACUUUUCACACCUCAUGGAGUACAUGGAGAUCGAGAAGAGCAUGUGUCUUUGGGGUUGACUACAAUGCUGACGAUGGCAGUCAUUUUGGAUAUGGUAACAGGGCAGAUGCCUAGAAGUGCAGAAGGAAUUCCAUUGCUAGGAAUGUAUGUUUUAAUCGAGUUUGUAAUAUCCGUGAUAGCCGUUUUGGUCUCUGUGGUGAUCAUAUUUGCACACGAAAGAAUGUUAUAUCUUGACGCAACACCUCCUUAUUGGGUGUACAAAUUGUUUUCGGAUGAAUGCAAAAUGUCUCUUGAAGAAAUAGAAGAAGAUUUCUGCUCAAAACCAGCUGAUUUAGUGCAAGAGCUCAGGUUUUGUAUGGAAGAAAUCAAGAGGUAUCUCGACGAGCAGGAGUCAACAGAGAAGAAUCGAAUAAUCUGGCAGAGGUUUUUCUCGUGGGCCGAUAUUUUAUUCAGUAUAUUCUUUUUUGUUGCAAACUGUUUAGUGACCUUUUACAUGUUCUUUGAAUUCAUUUUUUGA